AGAGGCUUUUAAUUUAUAAAGGUGUACAUUUAAACACAUUAAGUAAGUAGUUCUUAACCGACGAAGUUUAAAGUAUUUAAUCGUGAAUAUGUCUCGCGGUAUUGAAUUAAUUAAGACUGUUCUCGAUAAAAUAUCUAAGUCAUCCAAUUACGGACAGUGUUUGAAAAAGCUUGAAAUAGUCUCAGCAGGAGAUGGAAAUUGUAAGGCAAAAUUUGUUGUUUCUGAGGAACACUUAAAUAUGGGUGGUACUUUGCAUGGAGGUUUUACAAGUACAAUUGUUGAUUGUAUUUCUACUUAUGCUUUGAUGACCAAAGAUGAAUGUCCACCAGGAGUUUCAGUAGAUCUAAAUAUCACGUUUAUGAAACCUGCACUUCUUGGUGAAUUGGUCACAGUAGAUGCUAAAACUAUACGUGCUGGGAAAAGAUUAGCAUUUCUUGCAGUGGAUGUUACCAAGAAUGAUGGGAAGGAUAUUAUUGCUCAUGGGCGACACACAAAAUUUAUUGGAAGUUGAAAUAUACAAGAAAUGUAGAAGUAUAUAUUAUAUGUUGCUAGUAAUCACUGCAU